ACACCAGCAUCUAAAGUGACCAAAGAGAUAUCUGCAGGUAUGUUUACAUGCUGUUUAAUGUGCUGCAGCUGAGCAGCUGAUUAGUCAUCUAGCCUGCAAACUGGAGUUAGCGGAGCACUUUCCCCCCGUGGAUGUUUGUUUGGUGGCUCGUUCAACAAGCUAAGGUGCAGGACAAGAUGUGGGUUCAUGUUUCACACCAGAACAGCGGCUGGAUCCUCCCACCAACCGGAUAUCAUCAAUCACUGAACACAGGGACCGUUGGUCUGUGCAUCCUGUCCAGAGGUUCUUCAGAAUAUGACCCACUCAGAGACAUCAGUACCACCACACCCAGCACGCUGGAUCAGAGACAACGUGGCUCUGGAGGCAGCCAAGGCCCUGCAUGAGCGCAGCUGCUGGGAGCGUCUGGGUGGUGCAGCGCUGCUGCAGGACGUUGAAGUGUGCUACCAGAGGACCAAAAACUUUGACAAGCUCACCUUCCUCUACCUCAUCACUGUUAACCUGGCCAAGCUGCACAAGAUGAUGAUCGCUGACAUCAGGAAGUACAUGAGAGAUCACUACCAGGCAGCUCUCUACCUGUGAUAUGUCAGUGAGAGGGUCGGCAUCCUGAACAACUGUGGACAGAGUGAGUUCAAGUGUCACCUUCAUCACAUAAUGACUCCUAUUUUCUCUGUUUUGCUCUUUCCACUGUUCUUUUGUAGUUGAAACUGAAGCUUAAUCAACCUGUUAGCUACGAACAUCAGCCCUUGUGUCCACCUCAUUCUUUAGCAACUACUGCCCUGCAUGUAGGAUGCGGUGCUGUAACGAACCAACUGAAAUCACGUACUUUACUUCACGUCUCCGCGCCGGAAAAAUGUUAUGUUUUAAUGACACACUAUACUAUGAAUUUU